CUGCAUUGAGCCUGGCCUGAUGUGGUCCUGCUUCGGCCUUCCAAAGUGCUGGGAUUAUAGGUGUGAGCUACCACGCCUGGCCCAUCACUGUUAUUAUCAGAUAGCCCUGAUUCAGACUCUGCUUCUCCAUGUUCUUGCCUGUAUGUUAGGGAGAACGCCUACUUCCUGGGGUGGGUGGGAGGGCUGAGGACUUGUGUGUGUCAGUGAAGCCAGGAGCUCAGAGCUGCUCAGAGCUGCCUGAUCUUGUCAAGCCCAGGGGCUCAGAACACAGUCACAUUACCAGGUCUAUUUGGAGGGGAGGCUGGGAAAUUACGUGACAAACAGAAAUGAGGCACCCCAUUCAGGAAGGAGGAGGCGUGAUGUCGGAUGGCCUGACUCCUCCUGUGUCCUGGGUGCUCCCUGGGAGACUGGGGAGGUGCUGGCAUCAGGUGGCCGCCUCUGACUCCGCGACCCACCCAGAGUCAUCAGGUGGAAUGCUAUGGAAUAUGAUGAGAAGCUGGCCCGCUUCCGGCAGGCCCACCUCAACCCCUUCAACAAGCAGUCAGGACCGAGACAGCAUGAGCAGCGCCCUGGAGAGGAGGCCCCGGACGCCACACCUGAAGAGGCCCUGCCGGAGCUGCCCCCUGCGGAGCCAGAGUUCCGCUGCGCUGAGCGCGUGAUGGAUCUCGGCCUGUCUGAAGACCACUUCUCCCGCCCUGUGGGUCUGUUCCUGGCCUCUGAUGUGCAGCAGCUGCAGCAGGCGAUCGAGGACUGCAAGCAGGUGAUCCUGGAGCUGCCCGAGCAGUCGGAGAAGCAGAAGGAUGCCGUGGUGCGGCUCAUCCACCUCCGGCUGAAGCUCCAGGAGCUGAAGGACCCCAACGAGGAUGAGCCAAACAUCAGAGUGCUCCUGGAGCACCGCUUCUACAAGGAGAAGAGCAAGAGUGUCAAGCAGACCUGUGACAAGUGCAACACCAUCAUCUGGGGGCUCAUUCAGACCUGGUACACCUGCACAGGGUGUUAUUACCGCUGUCACAGCAAGUGCUUGAACCUCAUCUCCAAGCCCUGUGUGAGCUCCAAAGUCAGCCACCAAGCUGAAUAUGAACUGAACAUCUGCCCCGAGACCGGGCUGGACAGCCAGGAUUACCGCUGUGCUGAGUGCCGGGUGCCCAUCUCUCUGCGGGGUGUGCCCAGCGAGGCCAGGCAGUGUGACUACACCGGCCAGUACUACUGCAGCCACUGCCACUGGAACGACUUGGCCGUCAUCCCCGCACGCGUGGUGCACAACUGGGACUUCGAGCCUCGAAAGGUAUCCCGCUGCAGCAUGCGCUACCUGGCGCUGAUGGUGUCUCGGCCCGUGCUCAGGCUCCGUGAGAUCAACCCGCUGCUGUUCAACUACGUGGAGGAGCUGGUGGAGAUUCGCAAGCUGCGCCAGGACAUCCUGCUCAUGAAGCCGUACUUCCUCACCUGCAGGGAGGCCAUGGAGGCUCGUCUGCUGCUGCAGCUCCAGGAUCGGCAGCAUUUUGUGGAGAACGACGAGAUGUACUCUGUCCAGGACCUCCUGGAUGUGCAUGCUGGCCGCCUGGGCUGCUCGCUCACCGAGAUCCACACGCUCUUCGCCAAGCACAUCAAGCUGGACUGCGAGCGGUGCCAGGCCAAGGGCUUCGUGUGUGAGCUCUGCAGAGAGGGCGACGUGCUGUUCCCCUUCGACAGCCACACGUCUGUGUGCACCGACUGCUCCGCCGUCUUCCACAGGGACUGCUACUACGACAACUCCACCACGUGCCCCAAGUGUGCCCGGCUCAGCCUGAGGAAGCAGUCACUCUUCCAGGAGUCAGGUGCUGACGUGGAGGCCUAGGGCUGAGGAGGAGUGCCGGGCACCCGCCUGGGCCACCGGGACCCACCCGACAAUGUCAAGUCGUUUGUUCUGCUCUGGAGACCCCUGGGGUGCGGCCCCAGGACCCCUUCGCCCCUGCGGGGCCAGAGUGGCUGGGCAUUGUCAAGGACUGUGGUCUCCCACGUGCGUGCGGGGACUCGGGGCGGCCACGCCUGCCUGCACUCCUGUGAGGGGUCCUUACGUGGCCCCCAGCCUUCCCCAGUGCAGGACUCCCUGGGCAGGGAGCUGGGGGACAUCUCACCUCCCUCGUGGCACAGAGCCCUCCACACCCCUGGACCAGGGCACCUGGGCCCUAGAGAUUUCGCAGCUCCCGUCCGGGGCACCCUGGAAACUCGUCAGGCCAAGACCCCAAGAGGGCUUCUGAGGAGGCGUGAGGGUGCACCACCCAGCCCAGGGCCGAGUUUCCCAGGCAGUGGGUUUCCGCUCUGCCUGGAGGCUCCAUCCUGUCCAGCCACGUACCUUCUUGGGGCUUCUGGUUGUCCCCAGCUGGGGCUGUUCACAGCUGUCACCUGUAGACCCACCUCUACCUGGGGCCUGAGGGUCUAAGGCCUCACUGCGGGGUCAGCCCAGUGGGUCACCUGUUGUUUCUGUACAACGGCAGGGGAGCGGGCCAUGGAGCUUUUCCCUGCUGGGUGCUCCUGCCUUGGCUCAGCCCACCUUUGCUGGUGCUCUAAGCUGGGAGGCCGUGGGUCCGUCUGAGGAGGAUGUCCUGGCCUCCAGGUGUGGAGCAGGGACUGCGCCUGAAGGAGGUUCCAGGUUAGACAGUGGGACCCUACAGGGGUUCCUUGUGGCAUUUCUUGGAACCAAAUCUGCCUGGAGGAGCUGUGUCCUGCUGCCUGUGACGAGCUCUGGGUAGCUUGGAAACGACCGGCCAGGGGCCUUUUCUUGGGGGCCUGAGGUCAAGAGCUGAGAAUAUUUGCUUGGCUGAGCCCAUUCAGGAAGAUCAGGGAGGGGGGUGUGGGAGGCCCCUCACGCCGCAGGACAGAGGCCCCGGACAGCAGGGGAGCCCUGGGUGUGGGGACACUUGGUUUUGCUGUGUGCACUUUACAGACCCUGUGGUCCAUGAGGGGCCUUGGGAGAGGACAUUUUGGUAUGUGGCUUCCCAGCCUUCUGCCCUGGGAAGUGGGGGUGCUCCUGUCUGUCCUUUUCGGGGAGCAGAGGGUGAGGGGUUACAUGGGUCCCACACCCUGGACCGUGCUUGGCUGCUGGUACACAUGGUGGGCAGAGGACAGCGAAUAUCAAGGCUUGGUCGGUGUCCCCUUUGACC